GCAAUCACCAGCGUGACACGCUACGGUAAAUGUCCGUGUGUAGGCGAGUCACGUGUGGAGAGUCCGUUGAUCUCGUUUCGUGUAAGCAGUGAAUCUCUCCUGUUUGUUCAUUUGGGCCCCAUUUCAUGUUGUGUUGAAAACAACAUUUCGUGUAAAUUCAUUAAUCUUCGCCGAAGAAUGAGCGACAACGAUGAUAUCGAGGUCGAUAGUGAUGAAGAAUCGCCGAGAUUUCACUCUGGGGCAGACAAACGGGCACAUCACAAUGCGCUGGAGCGCAAACGUAGGGACCACAUCAAAGACAGCUUUCACAGCCUUCGGGAUUCCGUUCCCGCCUUGCAAGGGGAAAAGCAAUCUAUCAAACAGGCAUCCCGAGCUCAAAUCCUAGACAAAGCCACAGAGUACAUCCAGUACAUGCGACGGAAAAACCACACACACCAGCAGGACAUCGACGACCUGAAGAGGCAGAACGCUCUGCUGGAGCAACAAGUACGGGCACUGGAGAAAGUCAAGGGGACCACACAGCUGCAGGCCAACUACUCCUCUUCAGACAGCAGCCUGUACACCAAUCCCAAGGGCAGCGCUGUAUCGGCCUUCGACGGUGGUUCCGACUCGAGCUCGGAGUCUGAGCCGGAGGAACUGCGUUCCCGGAAGAAGCCCCGUGGGGAGGACAGCUAAACAGCGGAUCCCCGGUUCUCCUCAGAGGGGAGGGAGAGUUACAGCAAUGGUCUGUUUCUUGUUGUUUUUUGUGUACCUCAAUCGCCCCAAACCACCUUGAUCAAUCUCUUUCAGUGAAUGUCAACCCUCGAUUCCACGCCUGAAGAAACCUCCGCCAGGUUUACAAGAGAGAGGGAUGCCUGUUACGGGAAGAACACUUGUUUUUACUCUCCCUCCCUCUCCGACUCUGUUCGUCCAUCUUGCGUCCUGGCACACGCAACAACAACAAACGAUGAUUUAAACCCAAAAUGAGGCAGCUUUGCAACUUAAGGACUUGCUUUGUUUUUGUUUUGUUUUUUUGAACCCAUGUCUGCAAUCCCUCCAGGUGGAUAUCCAAAGGGUUGAAUGAGACAUACAGCUCCUAGCACUGCUAAAAUAUACUUUUUUGUCGAAUAUCUUAAAGCCUGCUUAGAACUUACCCUUAGCUGAAUUGUCCCGAGUGGUUUGCCUUUCUAAAUAUUUGUUACUUUUCCGUAAAGGAAUGUUUUUGAAGCAUCUAUCAAUGUACCCCUUGUUAGACCUAGGGGAUGAGUGAUACGUUUUGACGUUAUCAAUAAAAUCCCUUAUUUAAAAAA